UGAGAGUUAUCUUAAAGAAGAGGACGUGCCACACAUCUGGCAGCAGCUGGAUGUCAUAGUGUGUGCCAGAGAAAGAGUAGGAGUUGGGCGUGUGUUGGAGUGUAAAGAGCUCUCCACAAAUAAGGAGUUUUUAAACUCAGGACUGAACCUGCCACACUCUCCUCCAAAUUAUAUUACAGCUGCGAGACGAGGGUGGAGAGAGCAUAAGAGAAGAGAAGAGAGAGCGAGAGGGGAAGAAAUAAGUAGAAAAGACCAGGGCAGCGGCAGAGUGGAGAGGCGAGAGAAGCAUCUGAUAUUCAAGCUUGAUCGGAGGACUUCCUGCUGAGAAUUGAAGCAUCAACAUAAUUUUAAAGUUGGGGAAGUGUCUGUCUGUUCGUAAUGGCCCCUCCUUCUUUGUUGAUGCUGCUGAUGGUGGUUGCCAUGGCAACUGGGGUGGAUUUAGUCAGCGAGGAGAAUGAACUGGAUUAUGGAUACUGGAACUACAGAGAGGGAGCUGAUAGUGUCAAUGUGGCCUCAGUGCGCAGUGUGACCAGAGUUUUAGACGCCUGGGGAAAACGCAUCUUCCGUGAAAUCAAGACUUUGCUGCACUCUCAGCCCAGCACACUGCUGCCUGACUACUCCAGGGUGCGCCCUCUGUCCGAGUCCGUCAACGACCUGUUCAGAGAAGUGUCCCUGCUGCGCAGGCGCAUCACCGAACUCUCUCAUCGCCUAGCAACCCUGGAACCGUUCCUCCGUCACCACGGCUACUGGGAGGUGGGGGAGGAGGAGGGAGGCGGCUUGAGAGGAGAGGUGGCGAGCCUGGCCCGGUACAGCCCGAGGACCCCGGGGGGAGCGGGUCCACCGAGGGGGAGCCGGGUGGUGAGGAGGAGACGGGUGAGAGUCCUGAAGAAAGGGGGAGUGAAGCUGCUUCAGAGAGAGAGCUAGACAGUGACACACUGAUGGAGGGAGGUGAAGAGAAAGUGUGUGCGUGUGUGUGUGUGUGUGUGUGUGUGUGUGUGUGUGUGUGUGUGUGUGUGUGUAGUAGAAGUACAGAGAGAGCUUUUGCAAAUAUUAUAUAAUGUAAGAAAUCCAUUUUUUAACUGUAUAGAUUUCAUUUUUAAAAAUAACAGCCUAGACAUGACAAUACAAUAUAGACACUGCUUGAGAUCAGAGAUGGUGAUUAUGUUUUGUAUAUCUUUAAUAAACUCUUUUUAUGAUUAGCA